AUGGCAUUCAGUAUCCAAUCGAUUUUCUCCAACAUAUUCAGUGGGCUCAGUGCCGACUUCAAGAAGAAGAACUUCUCUUUAUAUGGCCAGUGGGUCGGGAUCAUUUCCAUCUUAUUGUGUCUUGCUCUUGGAGUCGCCAACAUUUUCCAUGCCUCGAUUGUCAUAGUCUUUUCCAUCAUCUGUAUCGUUCAGGGUUUGGUGGUUACGCUUGUAGAGAUGCCCUUCUUGUUGAAAAUCUGCCCCUUCACGGAAACCUUCACCAACUUCAUAAAGAACUUCGAUGCUAACUGGCCCCGUUGCGGAUUCUACUUGUUGAACGCUGCUAUCCAAUGGGUGUCCAUUGCUGUUAUGGCCACGAGUUUAAUUGUAGUCGCUUGUUUCUUCACAGUUGCUGGAGGCUGUUAUGCCUUGGCUGCUAUCACCCACCAGGAGUACUUGAAGUCCUCGAUCCAGGUCACAGGGUCCCCUGACUCUGUUGAGGGCCAGAUUGGACAACAUGUGGUGAGAAACGUUUUGUAG